GGAGUUAAGCACCCUAUUCAAUACAUGCCUUAACGCUCCUGCCAAGCUACCCAUUCCCACGCACUAAGCCUUGAAAACGUUAUUUCGUUUCUUUUUAUCCUCUCCUCCGGUGUCCAUGAUUCAUAAACGCGACAUACCUAGCCUGCUGUGAGAAAUAUGCUCAGCCUCGAAACUUAGCGUCUACGUCUGUGGAACGCAGGGAUUGUUUAUGAUCAGCAACCCGUGCUAGCCUUUGCGCUACAAUAUCUUGCCUCCGUAUUCUUCGCUGUGGCAUCUUACCUAGAGAUCAUCACGUGUAACAUCGAGAACGAGUUACUAUAUAGUCAGUUAUAUAUGCGCGACGAACAUGGAGAGUCACUAGAUUGUAAAGAAAAUUGCUAGCUGUCUGCAUCACACCUACUUCCUCGACAUCUGUCUCCUAAGCUCCUCUAAGCCAUAACAAUGGCGACUUUAUGGCAGAUCGCUUUCGCCAGUGCUCCCAAAAUAUUGGCUGCAGUGGUAACAGCUGUUCUGCUUAUCACAUUUCUCAAUUUAAUCCGUCGCAUAUUCUCAACUGCUUCACUACCCAGCAACCUGCCAUGGGCCGGGGUGGGAAAGCUUGACAAUUGUCUAGGCAGAGCCAAGAGCAAUUUGACAAGCAUCUUCCAUCUCAAAAGACUCCUAGACGAAGGUUACACAAAGUAUUCCAAGAACGACAAGACAUAUGUCUUACCCUAUUUCAUCAAUGGGCCACAAGUGGUGCUCCCACCGUCUCAGAUCUCAUGGCUCAUGGAGCAAGCCGACGACGUGCUAAGCCAGGAGCUUGUGAAUCGCGAGUUUCUACAGGCCGACUACGCGUUCUUCCAUGCAAACAUGGUUGAUAAUCCCGUUCACCCAGAUAUUAUCCAGCAUCAGCUUACCAAGAAACUUGGUAAUUUUACUGACGAUAUCGCUGAUGAGGUGCUUGCUGGCCUUGAGGAGUACUGGGGCACGGACACGGAGGAGUGGCGCGAGGUGAAGGUCUACGACACCAUGCUUCCCAUAAUAUCGAGAAUGUCCAUUCGAGUCUUCAUGGGCCGUGAGCUCUGCCGUGAUGAGACUUUCACGUCCAUUUGUGGCAAUUAUAUACGCAAGGUAGCUCUAACUGCUGCAGCAAUCAGUCUGUUCCCUAAUUUUCUGAAGCCCUUUGUCGGUCCAAUCUUCACAGUUUUCGACUAUAUCUUGUAUCGUCGGUGUAGAAGCUUUCUCAUGCCUAUCAUCCGCGAGCGACUUAGUGAGCUGAGGAGACCGGAUGCAUUGAAAAUUGCACCAGAAGAUCCGCAAGGACGUAAUGACUAUGUGCAAUGGGCACUAGACCACGCCUUCGCCAAACCAAUUGUGAAUCCCGUCGAGUUCGACCCGCGCGUAAUCGCUUCUCGAUUCUCAGUGCUAGCAUUUGCGGCAAUCCAAUCAUCAGUGAUAACACUCACAAACACCAUCUUUGACCUCGCGGCAUCCAGCGAGUGCGCAGAAUCCCUGAUUACAAUGCGCAAAGAAGUCCUAGAUGUAGCUGAGGGCUCAACGGCGACAAUCUGGUCCAAGGCAGCCCUGUCGCGAAUGACACAUAUCGACUCAGCGUUACGCGAAAGUCUACGCCUGAACGGCUUCGUCGAGCGCGGAAUCAUGAAGAAAGUGGUGGCCCCUGAGGGCGUCACGCUCCCUGAUGGUUCGCAUAUUCCGUGCGGUACAAAGGUAGGGGUCUCCGGAUACAGCAUCCAUCACGACGAAGCGAACUACGCCGGUGCAAAUAGGUAUGAUGCGUUCCGCUUUGCGCGCGGCCAGGAAACCGAGGAGAAGAAGAGACCCCAGGGGCUCGUCAAUACGAGCGACAUAUUCAUGAGCUUCAGUCAUGGCUCGCAUUCCUGUCCAGGCAGGUUCUUCGCGGCUAACCAGCUGAAGAUCGCGCUGGGUCACAUCGCCCUGCUGUACGACAUCGAGCCGAUACCCAAUCGACCGGCAAACAAGUGGUUCUUCGGACAUAUUGCGCCCCCUCUAACUGAGACAUUGAGGGUGCGACGCAGAAAGAUGUAACAACAUAUUUGAAUCAGAGAUGGAGGUAUAUUGAUUUUGGGACACUGGAGCGCGCCAACGGCAACACAUCAUAUCAUAUAGAAUCCCUGUACUAAAUAUCAUGAAUUGAAGUAUUGUCAAGCUGCAUAGAAGAAUCCCCUUAAAAUGCCAUGCCAACCUGUCUAGCCCCAGGGUAGCGGUGUAAUAGCCCAGACCACAAAUCCGUUCCACCUAGCGAUAAGUCGGCGAACACAGGACACGACAAGUCAAGCAGCGGGUGGAGAAGAAUAUCAUCGACGAAAUUGAGGAGAGGCUCAAGGGUCGCAAAGAUAGACGACGUCA